AUGAAGAGCCCGCAGCAGCCGCCUAAUGGCGCCAGCGACAGGAAACCAGAGCGCUGCAAUGGACAGUGGCAGCGCUGCAGACCUGCCCUGAUGAGUGAAUCCGCGGUUGCAGCCUCUGCGCAGUUUUGCGGUGCGGGGAGUGGCGGCGGCAGCGCCGGGUCCUUGUUCUGCCAGCUGCUGGCUUCCCUCGCCCAUGCGCAGUGCGCGCUCGCCGACCGUGGCAUCUUCCCGCGGGACGCGUCACCCCCGUUGCCGGAGUACGACUUCGUGGUGGUCGGCGCCGGGUCCGCGGGGGCGGCGGUGGCCUCCAGGCUCUCCGAGAACCCGGCCUGGAAUGUUCUGCUCCUGGAGGCGGGCGGAGACCCGACCCCAACGUCAGACGUCCCCAGUCUCUUCCCGACGUUGCGUCAGACAGAGAUGGAUUGGACUUACCGGACGGAACCAGAAAAUCAAACUUGCCUGGCGCAGGUGAAUGGAAGAUGUGCUUGGCCACGAGGUCUCGGUGGUACCAGCUCAAUCAAUGGCAUGUUGUUCAUCAGAGGCAGCCAGCAGGACUAUGAUGGCUGGGCAGCGCUCGGCAAUGAUGGGUGGUCCUACCGGGAGGUACUGCCCUUUUUCAAGAAACUGGAGGCCUUUGAUGAGGAAGAACUGAAGAAAAGGCCGCUCGUGGCAGGUGUACAUGGGCGCAGUAGACCUAUUUACGUCACGAAACUGGAGCGCCUAGAUCCUGCCUUUCAGACACUAUACGCUGCUGCCAAAGAACUAGGCUACAAAAUUAUUGAGGACUACAGCGCCGAGCCCCUUGUGGGGUUUGGGGAUAUACACUGCUCCAUCAAGAAUGGACCAGGCAGCAUAUGGCGUGAUGGUACUGUCAAGGAAGUUAGAGCAAGAAAGGAAGUAAUACUGUCAGCAGGAGUUAUUAACACACCUCAUAUACUGAUGCAUUCUGGAAUUGGGCCAAAAACCCACUUGGAUAAGGUUGGCGUACGAGUGCUGAAGGAUCUCAGAGUUGGUUACAACCUUCAGGACCAUCUGGCAUACAUUGGACAAUAUUACAGAAGGCAAAAGUUGGUGGGAACAAGACCUGAAGAGGAUUUAUUCAAAUAUUUGAUGAACAAGACAGGCCCUCUUUCAACCAUACGGCUUUUUUCUUACACAGGGUUCACAGUGACAGAUAAAGCGCCGCCAACACUUCCUGGUAUCGAUCCAACUGACUACCCUGACAUACAGCUCCUCUUCGUCCUUGCUCAAAGCAACACUGCAAGCCUCGUUGCCAAAGCUUUCAAUUUGAAUGACGAAGUGACCAGCACCCUGAAGAAACUUGUUGAAAACGAGGACGUGAUAUUAGUUUCGGUGACAUUAUUAGCACCUAGGAGCCGUGGCCGCGUCAAACUGAGGACUGCCGACCCGAUGGACCUGCCACUCAUCUACCCCGGCUAUCUUGGAGACCCUGGCGACUUCGAGAAUCUACUGGCUGGCGUGGAAAUCGCCCACAGGCUGGGCUCGACAGAGGCAAUGAAGAAGGCUGGUUACUCUGUAAAGCAGUUCCCUCUGAAGAACUGCAACCGCUCAUCGCUGCUGGAACACGACUACUGGCGAUGUGCUGUGCCGUACCUAACCAGCACGCUUUUCCACCUAGUGGGCACAGCCAAGAUGGGACCCUCUGCAGAUGCUGACGCGGUCGUUGACCCGUGGCUGCGAGUCCGUGGAGUGCGCAAUCUGCGUGUAGCUGACGCCUCCGUCAUGCCAGUAAUUGUUCGCUGCAACACCAACGUCGCCUCCAUCAUGAUCGGCGAGAAGUGUGCACAUGUGGUGACCGAAGAGUGGCGGGACCUUUCUUAG